AUGUCCAUUCCUGUUCUUGACGCAUCCGCUCUCUCUGAAGGGACUGCUGAGCAGCGCGCCGAAUUUGCCACCAAGCUCCUGGACAGUCUCAACACGUAUGGCUUUGCAAAGCUUGUCAAUCACACGGUUCCCAUUCCUCUUGUCCAGGAGACUUUUGAUCAGAUUAAAGCCUUCUUCAAGCUCCCAUACGCAGUCAAAGGCCCUUUGAAGAAUGACCCCAAAAACGGACAGCAGCGAGGAUGGAGCGUCCCAGGAGAGGAAAAGACGUGGUGGCUUGAGAGCAACAAUGGGGAGAUAAAGGAGCCUAACUUUGGCGACAACAAGGAGAGCUUUGACUGCGGACACCCCGACGACAAGCAAUUCCCCAACGUAUGGCCACCCGAGUCAGACCUACCUGGGUACCAGGACACGAUGGAUCGAUUUUUCUUUUCAUGCGGAGACCUCACACUAGUACUCCUGCAAGCCAUGGCCGAGGCGCUAUCUCUCGACCCGAAGGUGUUCACCUCCCGAUGCACCAAUGAGGCCAGCACAAUCCGCAUCAACCACUUCCCGCCGAUUGAGCGCAAAACACUGGACGACGGCAAAAUAAGUCGUAUCUGGCCCCACAAGGACUUCGGAAUUAUCUCACUCGUGUUCCCAGACGUGACUCCGGGACUGGAGUAUGAGGAUCGGAGUAACCCUGGCACUUUCAUUCCCAUGCCGUACGGCUCAGACGAGGAAGUUGUUGUCAUUGUUUCUGAGACCAUGCAGCGCUGGACAAACGGCCAGAUUGGAGGUGGUCUCCACCGCGUAACCCGUCCGCGGGAGUGUGAAGGGGAGACGGUUCCGGAGCGGUGGAGUCUCGUUUACUUCAACAAGGCCGACCGGCAUGUGAAUGUUGGGCCUUUGAAGGAAUUCCUUCAAGAUCAGAAGCCGAUGUACGAGGAUCUGACGGCUUUGGAGUAUCAGACUCUGAGAAACGCUGCUCACUACCCUGGUUAA